GACUUGGGUCCACUCAGAGGCCAGAGCCUCUGUCCACCCGGAGGACAGAGCGUGGGUGGCCCCUCGGGGAGGGAGCCGGAGACAAGGCAGCCCCAUGGAGGCACAUGUUUAACUGGGCAGCCCCACCAUGAAGAAAGUUAAGAAGAAAAAGGCCAAGAGCGAGACCAGGCGCCGCCGGGAGUCCAUGUCCCAGCAGACCAGCUCGGACUCCAGCACACAGCCCAGCUCAGAGGCUGCGCAGCCCAGCUCAGAGACUCCACAGCCCAGCUCAGAGGCCGCACAGCCCAGCUCCAAGGCUGUGCAGCCGAAGCCAGGCACAGAACCCACCCCUCCGCAGCCAGGCCGGGAGGCCAGUGCCCAGCAGCCACGCCCCAAGCCCACCCCACCGCGGCAGGAAGCCCAAGCACUCCCAGCACCCGAGACCCGCCACUCUGCAGGGAGCCUCUCCCCUUCUGACCCCAAAGCAGCCCCUCCACCCAGGAAAGCAGGGCCUGUGACCCCCGUAGGCCUACGGCUCUGCUCCUGUGCCGCCUGCCCAGGCAGCUCCACUUGCUGGCUUCGUCUGGGGCUUUGCCACAGCCGCAUCUUCGAUGUGCUCCUGCCUCGGGACUGGCAGGGCGUGCCAGGGAGAGGAUUCCCCAACCUGCUCACCUUCUACAGAAAACCUCCCAGGAAACACUGCAUUCCUCGAAACUCACGUGCUCCAAGCCCUCGGGACUGUGGCUGUGGCUCUGGGGGUCCUGGGAGCUGCCUACUACAUCACUGAGGCCUGGUGACCAACCCACACCCAGGCCCAGCAGAUCCGGUUCCAUCAAAGGAUCUCACUUGUCACCAAAAUAAAGCCAAA